CCACUUGGAGGAGGCUUUACUCAGCCCCGGCCGACGCGCGGGCCAAUCCCAUCGCUUUGCACCUUGGGCUGGAACCUGAGAUGGGUUCGCCCCCAACGAUGCUCCAAUUACAGAAGCAACGCAAGUUUGUCAUUGUCCCGAGAAAGCGGAGCAGCGUGAUUCUUGCCCAUUUCAGCAGAACUGCUGGCAUCCUUCAGCCGGUGGAGCCAGCGCUCCUGUUGUGAUCUUUCCAGGGAGACCCACGACCCUGCCCAGCACAGCAAAAGACCCUCUUGGAGCCGCGACCGCUGCCCGAAUCGGCGGACUUGCCCCUGCCCCAGCCGCGGCUGGUUCCGUACACCUCUUCCACUUCAUUCAUCUGUGGAUGAUUUUGAGUCCAUCUUGUAAAUGUUUAGCAUUUUGCUGCUUUACUGCUUCUUUCUGGGGACAGUUCCAACACUGGCCGAGACCGGCGGAGAGAGGCGAGUGAGCCCGGAGAAGAGCGAAAUAUGGGGCCCCGGGCUCAAGGCGGCUGUCGUCCUUCCCGCGCGCUAUUUCUAUAUUCAGGCGGUGGACACAUCAGGAAAUAAAUUCACAACUUCUCCGGGUGAUAAAGUGUUCCAGAUUAAAAUCUCAGCACCAGAUGAGCAGUUCACUAGAGUUGGGGUCCAGGUUUUAGAUCGAAAGGAUGGGUCCUUCAUAGUAAGAUACAGAAUGUAUGCCAGCUACAAAAAUCUGAAGGUAGAAGUUAAAUUCCAAGGUCAACAUGUGGCCAAAUCUCCAUAUAUUUUAAAAGGGCCGGUUUACCAUGAGAAUUGUGACUGUCCCUUGGAAGACGCGGCGGCCUGGCUCCGCGAGAUGAGCUGCCCAGAAACCAUCCCUCAGAUUCAGAGAGAUCUGGCACAGUUCCCUAGUGUCGAUCCAGAAAAGAUUGCCACAGAAAUCCCAAAACGAUUCGGACAAAGGCAGAGCUUAUGUCAUUAUACCUUGAAGGACAACAAGGUUUAUAUCAAGACUCAUGGUGAACAUGUAGGUUUUAGGAUUUUCAUGGAUGCCAUACUGCUGUCUUUGACUAGAAAAGUGAAGAUGCCCGACGUGGAGUUUUUUGUUAAUUUGGGAGACUGGCCUUUGGAAAAGAAGAAAUCUGGUUCCCACAUCCAUCCGAUCUUUUCCUGGUGUGGCUCCACGGAUUCCAAGGAUAUCGUGAUGCCUACCUAUGACCUGACUGACUCUGUUCUCGAAACCAUGGGCCGAGUAAGUCUGGAUAUGCUGUCCGUGCAAGCCAACACGGGCCCUCCCUGGGAAAGCAAAAACUCCACCGCUGUCUGGAGGGGGCGAGACAGCAGAAAAGAGAGACUCGAGCUGGUGAAACUCAGCCGAAAACACCCAGAGCUCAUCGAUGCUGCUUUCACCAACUUUUUCUUCUUUAAACACGACGAGAGCCUGUAUGGUCCCAUCGUGAAACACAUUUCAUUUUUUGAUUUCUUCAAGCAUAAGUACCAGAUAAACGUCGAUGGCACGGUUGCAGCCUACCGCCUACCCUACCUGCUGGUUGGUGACAGUGUGGUGCUAAAGCAGGACUCCAUCUACUAUGAACACUUUUAUAAUGAGCUGCAGCCCUGGAAACACUACAUUCCUGUUCGAAGCAACCUGAGCGACCUCCUGGAAAAACUGAAGUGGGCAAAAGAUCACGAUGAAGAGGCAAAGAAGAUAGCAAAAACAGGACAAGAAUUUGCGAGAAAUAAUCUCAUGGGUGACGACAUAUUCUGUUAUUAUUUUAAACUUUUCCAGGAAUAUGCCAGUUUACAAGUGAGUGAGCCCCAGAUCCGAGAGGGCAUGGAGCGGGUGCAGCCGCAGACCGAGGACGACCUCUUCCCUUGCGCAUGCCACAGGAAGAAGACCAAAGAUGAACUCUGAUGUGCAAAAUGCCUUCCCUUCAAAUAAUGGUGCUCUGACAACUCGUCUUCACUGAAAAGAAGCCUGUCUUUUAAAUACCAAGUCCAAGGACAAUAUAAAAUCUGCUCUGUGAUUAUUCUGGAUUACGAAGAUAUGUUUCUUCUUAUUCUGCAGUAUUCCCAUGACUGUCCUUUGACGCACAUUUUUAGAAUUUUAUAAUAAAAUCACUUUUAUUUUAAGGGCC